AAAAGUUGGUAAACAUAUAUCGAUUUUUGCGCAAAGAUUGUAAACAAAACAUUCUCUACGACUGCGGUUGCUCGCUUUUGUACCCGGAUAGAUUCUGCAAAAAAAAUUAAUGGAAGCUGCCAGCGUGACUACUCUGCUGGAGAUUCCAAGCAACAACCCAACUUCCUACUGUCGGCUCUGUUUGUCCAGCUCCCUGGUGGAACCACUGUAUCCGGGAGAUACGAAGCAGAGCCUGAUUGAUCUAAUUGCCAAGAAUGUCCAAGUUGUCCUGAUAAUCGGAGAAGACUUUCCUUGUGCUGUGUGCCAUAAUUGUCGCGCCAAACUGGAGGAUUUCGAACGGUUUCGAGAUCAAUGCCAAAAGUGGGAUAGCUUUGUUCGAGCUAGGAGACGUGAACUGACAUUACUACAGGAGACGGUUUCUGUUCCGCAACUUGGCGGCGAUACGACAGAGUUGGUUGCGUCAGAGGAAAUUGCCAUCAAAGCUGACCCGGAAGCAUUGCUCGGAGACGACGACAGUUUACCGUACGUGUUAACCGAUGACAGCUGGCACAGAUGCAAGUUUUGCUCAGAGGCAUUCCAGAGUUUGUCUGUGCUUCUGGAACAUUUUCGGAUGCGUCACCCCGAUGAAUCCAGAAUGUACAAAUGUCCGAAUUGUUCGCGAACGUAUUCUUCCGUGGUGAUAAGUGGUUCGCUGAGUCCGGCGUACAAAUGCAACGAAUGUGACUCCGGUUUCAGUCAUCGCGUUGGUCUCGCUCGGCAUAAGGAUCGCUAUCACGAUAAAGCUUCUCCAAAUUUUUCGGCGAAUCGAUUUAAAUGCGAUCAUUGUUCCAGCGAAUUUGUAGAUGUUAAGCAUAAAUCCAAACAUCAGUUACAGAUGCACACGGGUGCACCAAGUAGCACUAAACAGUCGCCCCAGGUAGAUGGGAUACACGUGUGCGAGAAAUGUGCAGUUACAUUUUCACCUUAUCAGGCACUGCUUGUCCACAUUCAAGAGCACCACUGGAACGAUCCGCCCCAAGAUAGCUUCUGUUGUUCGGUUUGUUCAAAACUAUUCGACAAGCGACGUUUAUUGCAGUAUCAUAUUCUGGUGGCACAUUUGGGACAGAUUCCGUACGCGUGCAACCAUUGUGGGGAAUGGUUCCGCACAAAGUCCCACCUCAAACAGCACAAGACAAUGUUUCACGAGCGGAAUUUAGGCGAUGCUAGCCGGUGUGAGUUUUGUGGACAAACAGUUGAGAACGAGCAGAAAGAAAUUGUGCAAUAGGUCACCUGUUGAAAGCAUAUGUAUUUAAUACAGACAACGGAGUCCACUCCGCGCUUAUGUGAUUCACGUAGUUUAUUUGACGAAACUUGAAAAGUUACAAAUUGAAACAAAACCUUAUAUUUUAAUUAAAAUUUUAGAGUGCGACGAAUGGAAGAAAAUAAGAAACCA